CGGCUCUAGCACUCAAAGCACAAAUCCAUUCCCACUAAAGAAGCACUUGGUGGGGUUACAUUUGGAAUCUAACAUUCAAGUUAUUGGCAAACCUUAUUGGCCAUUAAUUAAUGGUCAGUUUUUGCUUUGUUUAUGGCGUGUAUGAGGAGGGUCGGGCUUGGUAGUGACUUUGCUUAACAAAAAAAAUCUCUUCCUGAAGAGUUAAGUCAUUGAGUGUAGGAAUCGCAGAACCCGAGAGAGUGAGCUCGCAUCAGACUGCACCAAAACGCUAUGGACUUGAGGACACGGGAAUGAGAAAUCAAUGCAACAGAACUCCUGAAUUGUUCAGUUUUUCAUCCAUUGAUUUUAGUUUUUUUAGUUUUUAGUUUUUUUAGUUUCAAACGGAAGGGCAACAUUGAGCCUCAAGCAAGCAUGUGUUCCGCUUAAGUAGCCUAAUUAGUUCAUUUAAGUUAUUUUGCGGAAGUGUAGGCCUAUAUAAGUUUUUAUUUGUUGUAACUGUUUUAAUUAUUUAAUAUAUGCUUUGAUCAAUUCCAGCUUCAAACGAAAAGAAAUCGGGUAUCAUAUUUCUCAGUAUGUUUUCAUACGAAAUGAUCAUAACUUUCCUUGCUGUUGCCUGCCUCAUUGACAUACCCCGCUCAACAGCAGCGGCUUGUGAGCCUGUCCGGAUCCCGAUGUGCAGAUCGAUGCCGUGGAACAUGACGAAGAUGCCAAACCAUCUUCAUCACAGCACACAAGCGAACGCAGUCCUGGCCAUUGAGCAGUUCGAGGGGCUGCUGGGCACCCAGUGCAGCGAGGACCUGUUGUUCUUCCUGUGUGCGAUGUAUGCGCCUAUCUGUACUAUAGACUUCCAGCAUGAUCCGAUCAAGCCCUGCAAGUCCGUUUGCGAAAGAGCCAAGUGUGGCUGUGAACCCGUUAUGAAGAAAUACAACCACACAUGGCCGGAAAGCCUUGCCUGCGACGAGCUGCCAGUCUAUGACAGAGGUGUUUGUAUCUCACCGGAGGCUAUAGUCAAAGCUGAAGGACCGGAUAAUCCAUAUUUUCAAGACCUCUCAAAAUGUCCACCAGAGUCAUCCCCAGAUUUUCCUAUGGAUUCUCACAAUGUCAACUGCAAGGGCUUCAACAGUGAGCAAUGCAAAUGCAAGACAGUCAGACUUGGUCAGAAGACAUAUUUAAAGAAUAAUUACAAUUAUGUAAUUCGAGCUAAAGUUAAAGAAAUAAGAAUCCGGAAUCAUGAUUUGAGUGCGAUCGUGGAAGUCAAGGACGUCCUCAAAUCAUCACUGGUCAACAUUCCUCGUGAAACAGUAACACUUUACUACAAUUCAGGCUGCCUGUGCCCUCCCCUCACAGCCAACGAGGAGUACAUCAUCAUGGGCUAUGAGAACGAGGAACGCUCCAGGUUACUGCUUAUAGACGGGUCCGUUGCACAGAAGUGGAAGGACCGGGUUGGAAAGAAGUUUAAGCGGUGGGACCAAGCCCUCCGCAAUCAAAGCAGAGGAAGCGCAGGGAGAGGAAACCCAAAGAGAAGCCGUCACUGAACUGAAAACUGCGUCCGCGGGAAGCAGAGCUAACAAAACGUGGAGCCAAGAGAAACAAGUGAAAAAAUUGCACUAUUACACGUUCUUUUGUAUUGUGACAUUAACUGCAGUUUAGUUGAAUGUAGAUUAUAUAUUGUUAUUUUUUGGUUUUAAGUUUUGGCUUGCUUUUCAUUAGUUCACUUGCACAAAAUGAGCGCUUGUAUUCAUCGCACUGUAGGAAGUGUCGGACAAGCCUGUGGCUUUGGGCUCAUAGAGGGAGUGAGGGUUUUGUGUGAGUGAAUGCUACACAAAAGGUCUGAAGAGGAGGGCCGGAUGUUUAUUUAGCGGCCAUACACUGGCAAAGGUGGAUGUGUCCAUGAAACAAUAACAUUUUAUUCAGCUUUAUGCUUAUAAUGUAAAGACUUGAAAUUUAAGCAAGCUGUUCUGGUUGCAGCUCAAAUGUAUAUGCCCCGAAGACGACUAUCUUAACUUCAAAGGACAAGUUCUGAAGAUCGGAGGGAGGAAAGAAAAAAUAUGUUUUUGGCCAGAGUUACAGAGAACAAGUCAGAAUGUCUGAGGCUUGGCUUAAAUGGUAUCAAGGACUAAACAAAAUUAUAUUCUUACUGAAAAUGUUGACUUUAUAAGAGAUUUACACAAUUGCCAUUUUAAUGCAUAUUAUCUGUUUUAAACAUGGCAUUGUUUUGCUCAUGCUGUAUGUACAUUCAAUUGAAUGCAAUAGAUGUGACGUCUUAUUUGUCUGGCAACUGGCUUUGGGUCAAAGGGUUUUUUCCUGCUGAACUUUCCAUUCCUUUUUUUAAAUUGAUGUAUUGGUUCAUAGCACUUAUAAUGCUUGUAUAAAACAACUGAUGUGAGCCAUCAGUCAGUUCAGUAUGUAAACCUGUUAGACUUCAUUUCCUUUUAAAUGGCUUGUGUCAUUACUGAGGCAUGCUGCCUGCACUUCUGUCUCGAAAAGAGUAGUUUACAACAUCAGGGGAUAAGACAAAAAGUGACAAAUGUACAUCAGUUAAGUUAUUUGGUGCUCAUUCCAGCAUUCCAAAUUUGGUACAGUAUUCACAUGGUCAAUUAAAAGAGCUUCACUGAAAAGUUUUUAAUGCAUAUGUGGUUCUUUAAAAUGAAAGUUAUGUUCCAUUAGUAACCAUAGUUACCAUACUGUAUGUCUAUGUAACUAAAUAUACUCUUUUUAUUAGCUGCAGGUUCACAGUACUUUACAGUGAUAGAAGAUGCAUAUAUUUAAAAGAUACAAUAGGGGACUAAUACAAGCAAGGACACAAUAAAUAUUUUUUAGACAAGAAAGUGUAAAAAUUAGGUCAAGAAUAUAAGGAUACGUAUAUAAAACACUUCAAUGCAAUUCAAGAUGUGCUUAAAAAUUACUUGGAAAAAGGAGAUGAACAGUGCAGCCCUAAUAUGCUCAGGUAGUACCGUUCUGUAGUUUGAGCCUGGAUCUAAAAGAAAAUCUCCUUUUACAUUUGGGACACUUGAUAGGCCUGAGCUGUCUACUGGGUAAACAUGGGCUCGGCAACUGUGGUGUAUUUAGGGUCUGGUUAAUGUCUUUUAUCGCUAAAAUAAUCUCAAAAUGAGCUCUGGAAACUGCUCGGAGCCAAUGAAGAAAUGCCAAGAUUGAGAUAAUAUGGACUCUGACUCAAGGGUCUUAAAAGUCUAGCAGCAGCGAUUUGAGCCACGGCUGCGGUUGGUUGCCUGGGGCAUCUACAAUGAUACAUAGCAAUUAGUGUGCUUGUCCCUGCUUUCUUUUAUAUCACCCCUGGUAUUCUGAAGCCAGAAAAUGUCCUUUGUAUUGGUCUCAUCCAGAUAAGUAACUACCUAUUGACUGAUCUUUAAAUGGUCUGGUUUAAACCAUUUCCUGCUCUAGUACUCUGGAUGGAUGGUGUUAUGCUGAGAGUUACCCCUUUCAGAUGUAAGAUUACAAAUAUGUGACUAGAAAGUUCUUAACUGAACAUCCUUUUAUAAGAAUCGCUGCUGGUAACUCGAAGCAAUACAUUUCUAGAACACUGAUUUAAAACAUAUUCCAAAAAAACUACUCUUCAAAGCGUUAAUUUGAUGUUUCUUUCUUUGUACUUUUAUUGUUUUUCUCAAUCAAUUUGCUCCAGGGGGGAUUGUCUCCUGCAAGUCUAAUCAACUGCAGGUUGCUUUGGAUAAAAGCAUCAGCAAGAUAAUUGUAAUUAUUUAGCAAAACUUAUUUUGCAAGUACAUUUUAUUGUUUUCAGACAACUAUUUCCAGAAACAGUAGUGGCCUGCAACUUGUCUUUCGGCCAUGCAACACAGCAAAGCUCCUCUUAGAUUCCUUUCAUGACACCCUCAUCCCACAAGAAGACAGAUGUGAAGGACCCAAAAGUGACCAAGUCUGUGGUGGUUUGAGAGUGUCCAGCACUCACCACUCAUUGUGGUGUUCCUUCCAACUUACUCCCCAUUCCUGAACUUAACUAAGGAAUUUUCCUAUAGCUGGAGAUGGGAGGUCUUUGACCAUAUGAGAAUGCAGCACUGCUCCUGCUCAUGACAAGAGCAUUGAUAACUAACACAAUUAUUGAAAAGACAUGAAAUAUAUUUUGUGAUUUUCUUUGUAAUAGUGAUUCCAUGUGUAAAUAACUAUACAACUGCAAAUUGACAAGUUUGUAUAAUAACAUGUACUCAAGAUGUGAUGACUACACCUGCUUUUCAUAAAAUAAAACUUAUAGAAUUGCAA